AUGGAAAAGGUACGCAAGACGUUCUUCGACCCUUUGGCUACGUCAAAGGGUCGGAUAACGGAAUUACUACAAGCUUUGCCGGUUGGCUCUGCACAUCCUUACAGCCCUGAGGGCAUAUUACUAUGUCGAACCAAGAAUGGUAUCGAAGAGAUUGAUAUCUCGAAUUACAGCCAAGACUACUUUUUCAACUCUGUUGACUUGGGAGAGAUGGGGGAGAUUCUGCUGAGACGGAUGAAGGGUUUCAGAGAACAUCUGGCCGUGUUUGAUGACUUUCAGAUCAUGCAGGCUCCAGCAGCUACCUUCAAGAUCCCCGUGGUUUCAGGUCAGAUUACCAUCCUCGCGGUAUCAGAACGAACUCCUACGUAUUACGACUUCUGCUUUGCCGAUAACGAAUGUAACACCUGUUGUUGGCUCGAACGAACGACUUUUUCUGGAAUCAAGCAUAGCGGUGAUCUUCUCAACCAGCAGGAUCUUCUGGACUAUGUGAGGAUAGACAAUGAUACCCUGACGGAAAAGCCUAUCUGCGUCUUUAUCUCCGGAUACACGAAGACACGGAUCACGAGGUUCUUAGGAACGCACCCAGCCCUGAUGGUUGCGGACCAUGUUGACAAGAUUCUCUACAUCAUCCCCGUUCCUUUGGACAAGGCGACUAUUGGGGAUGCCACUAUCUGCUGUCCUCUGGUCAUCAAGCGUGAUGAGGAUUCUAUCAUCUGCUCUAUCCUUCCCAAGGCGACAACUGAUAGGAACAUGAUGUGUGACAGUAGGAAGCUCAUCAGCCCUUGCUUUCCUGAAGCUAUCAAUAGCGCUGACUUCACCUUAACUGAAACGCUGCCUGCUAUAGCUGCGGAGGACAAGAAGGUUGAGAAAAGUGAUGAGGUGGAAAGUGAGGUACAGGUUUCUGACAAGAGACAUGCCAUCUUGACCACCAACCCUUCAAAUCUUCCCUCUUUCCUGGCUUCUUCUGACGCCCAAGUUAUUCGCUUCAGCACCGGUAUCGAAUUUAUGUCUUCAGAUUCCAACAGCACGUCACAGGACAAUGCAGCUGUUGUUCUUCCCUGCAUCUUUGGGUCUCAGCUUCAAGGUCCAAUGCUUCUCUCCACCGGCAGCGCUCCAUCCAAUGUUCCUUUCAAGGAUGAGAAGGCUCUUUGCGCUUAUUACGAACAACUGGAGAGUAUUGCCGUGGUAGUCGAUGAGCGCAUGACCGAUAACGCGCGAAACUUGGCUUCCGGUCUUCGGAUGAAUACCUUGUUCAUCGUGCAGAUCAAGACCAGGGAGAAGCAUGAGACCGAAGAACAAGUCUCGGCUGUGUUGAGUUCGGCGAAUAUUAACGCUGUUACGGCACUUGCAGGACCUCAGUCUUUGAUUGUGGGCAAUAUCGGUGACAAGUUUUACUUCUAUCGGGGUUUAGCGAAUCACAAGAUCUUGGACACGACCAAGUUGAACUUUGGAGCAGAUAUCACCGAUGCCAUCACCUCGAACAGCGUGGAAUCGCUAUUGGCUCCAAAUAUUCCCCGACUUGUGAAUCUCAGUGAUGACAACACUAUUUAUCUCCCCUACUCAGCCCAGGUCGUUCGUCCUCAAGACUUGGCCGGUAUAUUUGAGGGUCUCAGCAUCGCCGAGAUCAACACCAUGCACGACGACAUCACCGCCGCAGUUCCCCAACUCCAGACCCUCCUGAGCCAAAAGGACCUCCAGCAACUCUCCAAGACUUUGGUUGACACGCUCUCUGCCAAGAUCGACAAGAAGAUGGCCCCUCUUCGAAGCGAGUACAUAGCCUUCAUCGCCGCCAAUCUCCGCACUGAUGAUCAAGCCAUUCUCAACAAGAAGAACAAGAUGCUCGGAGAUAUGAGAAAGGCUAACAAGGAAGUUCAGACUGUUCUUGAGCCUGUGAUUACUAGUCUCGCGAAUAUGAUCUCUGUUCAGACGACGUCGAAGAGAACGCAUGAUAUGAAGAGACUUAUGAGACAGGCACAGAUCCAGAAUAAUGUUGAGGCGACCAAGUCGAUGACUUUUGAGAGCUUGACGACAGUGCCUUAUAAGGAGAUGCUGGCGAAGUUGAAGGGCACUACCAUUGACGCCAAGCCCUGCUGUGCACUUGACGAUCGAAUUCUGCAUCUUGACGGCUUCGACGCUGGUAUCAUCAUGGAGCAAUCCCAAAGCCAACACGCCGGCCCUCUCGUCAGCCAAGCCGGUCCUAACCAUCCUAUCCUCGCACUUCCCUACCUCAGCCAGCAGCGCGGCGUCGGCUCCAUGCUAGCAUGGGUCUGCUGGGAUGAGUUCGUAAAUCUCAAGAGUCCAUACAGUAUUCGCUGGAUGGAGAAGUGUAACGAAUCACACAUUGCCGCGCUGAGAAUCAUGAUGAGAGAUACACUGAGUCAGGCUGUCGCUUCGCGGGAGUAUAACUUUGAAGCGGGAAGUCCUGAGAUCGGCCAUUUGAUGAGUUCGUUGCUUAUGGCGGCUAUGUCGAAGCUUGCUGCGAUGAGGACCAGUGCUCCUGUUGUGUUGGAUACGGCGGAGGAUACGGUUACGAGAUUGAUGAGAGGUCUCUUCGGGAACCUGAUGACGAUUGCGGGUUCGGGUGUGAGGCCUUUGAGUAUGGUCUGGCAGCUCUUUGGGCUGAAUCCUCAGUAUGAUGUUCCCACCACGGACGCCGAUUGGGUUUGGUACGAGAACGUCGUCGAGCUGUAUCCCUACACUGGCUGGCCUUUGAACACGUUCAACGGCAAUCUGCUCAAGCUUCUUGACAAGAUCAUCGUGCGGGUCAUCACCAAGAACGAGAACGUCGCGGAGAUCAAGCAGAGUAAGGCCUAUGAUAUGGUGCAGUACUGCAAGCUGCGAAACAUCCAGCUUGAGCACUGCCGUACCAUCACCACCGUCUUUGAACGAAUGCUCACCACGGAUGGUAUGGAUAUUGCAGCCAUCGCGGGACGGCUCCAGGAAAAUGUUCCCAGUGAGCUUGAGAAGCAGACCAAGGGCUACACGAGAAUGAUGCGAUAUCUCGGCCAUCUUGCUAGAGGCGGCGCGAGGCGUCCUACAGAUGAUCUCGUCUACGGCAACGUGUACACCAAGCGCUCAGCUGCUUUCAAGGAUCUCAAGAUCGCAGUCGCACUAGCAUGCCAAGACAAGGACUGGGAUGCCGCAAAGGAAAACUGCCAGGCUGUUAUUGACUUGCAUACAGAGAUUGCUGCCAAGUGGCAGAUUCAGCCAGACCAGCUAAAGGUGCAGAACAUCCACUACUACCGCGAACUCCUCGACGCAGAUGUCUCCGAAGAUGCCGAGCAAGAAGUCAAGAACCGCACGAGAAAGAUCGUCGGACGCAUCAUGGACGACGCGGAGAAGAGGCGAAUCCCAUGGCAAGUCGGCAACGACGCAGCCAAGAAUAACAUCGAACCUCUUGACGAGCAGUUACUAGAGCAAGUCCUCACCGGAACACGACCUGAAGCUGAGACCAAGGCUGUAGUCCAAGUUGUCAAGGAGGAAAUCGUUGAAGAAGAGAGCUUUUCAACAUACAGGAGUUCUUUGGCGCCUGCAUUUGUUUCGACGAUGGAGAAGGCCCUCUCAGCAGAGGAUGUCUGCGCGAUAACCAAGAUUCCUGAGUCUGCGAUGAGAGUGUUCAUCAAGGCGCUUAACCCUGAGUUUGAGUGGGAUGAUUUGGCGCAGCAGUUCAAGAUUGUGAUAUUGAGUUUGUUGCGGGAGCGGUCGGGGCGGGUUGAGAGCAGACCUGCUGCCAGAAUGUUGAGACUACGAUGA